AUGUAUUAAUGUUUACUCCGUUUGCGUACGCGCUCUUCUUCGCCCUCCAUUGUCUAGCACACACGAGCAGACGAUGUGCAACAGCGCCCUCUGCGGUCACACUUCCUGAUGGGUCACAGCUUACGGCAUUGUUUUUAGAAACAAUGGAUCAGAAGAUUCCCUAUGAUGACUACCAGCUCCCAGUGGUAUUCCUGCCUUCUUAUGAGAACCCACCAGCAUGGAUAGCCCCACAGGAGCGGGUUCUUCACCCUGACUACAACAAUGAGCUCACCCAGUUCCUGCCCCGUACCAUUGUAUUAAAGAAACCUCCAGGAGCACAGCUGGGCUUCAACAUCCGUGGGGGCAAGGCAUCACAGUUGGGAAUCUUUAUAUCCAAGGUGGUUCCAGACUCAGAUGCCCACAGAGCAGGGCUGCAAGAGGGAGACCAGGUUCUUUCUGUGAAUGAGGUUGAUUUCCAAGACAUAGAGCACUCAAGAGCUGUAGAGAUUCUGAAGACUGCCCGAGAAAUACUGAUGAGGGUUCGCUUCUUUCCUUACAACUAUCAACGGCAGAAGGAGAGGACUGUACAUUAGGUGGCAGCAAUGAGAGAGUUGGACAGCCGCGGCACUGCACGUCAUUUCCCUUCCUCCUACAGACUCUGGCUUCCUGUCUGUCUCAGCUUCAAGAUAACUGAUGUAUGACAACUGACGUAUGACUCAGCCUCAUUCAAAGUGCUCCAUGUAAGAACAAUAUACUCUGUUAAAUAUUGGUUUCCUCUCUCACCCAGAUAUCUGAGGGCUCCCUUAUCUACUCUGAUACAUGAUUUCUACUCCAACAGGAUGUAUUCACAGGGAGUGAAGGGAGUUACCGUAUAAGCAUAAGCUCAAUAUACAUACAUAUAUAUUUCACAUUAUAAAUUAUGGAACUGAUACCUAUUUUUCUAUUCAAGCAUAGCAUUUAUAGACCCUGAAUACUUUAAUAAGGCAUUGCCUUUAUUCAUUUUUCUUUAAGUCCUAUAAUAAGAUGUUUCUACUGUUGUCCUAGACAUAUUUUGAUCAAAUACAGAGUAGCGCUCAUGUGUACUGUACACAUUUGCCUUGAUGACACUGAUAUAAAGUAGAGACACACAUACACUCAGUUGUUAGUAGGGGUGGAACGGUACACAGAAGUCACAGUUCGGUUCAGACAUCACGGUUUGGUACGAGUUUGGUACAAUGGAGGGAAAAGCAAAAAUGCAGAAGGCAAUUUUUAUUUUAUUUUUGUGCAUGUUUCAGGCUGUACCACCUAGUGUCAUACAGUCUCUCCCCUGAGCUAGCUGCAACAGCCUGAAGUGUGUAAAGUAAGAUGUAAACAAUAAGUACCCCACAUCAUCUCCAGACUCCAUCUGUAACUGUAAAGACAAUCGGCUAUAAAACUGAAAAUACAGCAUCUCUGUUUUCUGCAAAGAUUAACUAAAUUACCUGAUUAAUGCAACGUUAUCACAACGUCUCCCAGCCAUUUUUCACCACAGAAAGCUGCUCCCUGCCUGGCUAAAGCUAAUAUAGUUAGCCUUAAGAAACAAGGCGUCUGUCCCAACUAACGUUACGGUUCGGAACCGCAACGCUGGAAAGGUAAUACUAAUCUACAACAGCAGUCUGUGUAUAAAAUAACGUAAUUUACACUGAUUUAAGUGUUCUUGGAUACACAGUUUGUUGCUUGUUCUCUGGGUGAUGGCGUCGGAUAUGCGUUAGCAUGUUAGAUGUAGUUCCACUCACAUACCCAACAACGCCGACUCACAGUCCUCGUCUUAUCCACCACUCUCUCGCCUGUAGCCUACUACUGGAACUGACUGGGAAACCAAAGUUUUCCCAAACUUGUGAUCAUAAAGAGGCCGGCGGUUCCUCUAACUCUUGUGGGUCGCCACCACUCGCCAUACUCGUCCUUAGUACUGCUAUCUCUGACUCACUCACUGGACUGUCGACCUGACAAGGUGGAGCUCAGCUACAUAGGCGCCAAUCAGAGCUUCAGAGCUAGGGCGGGGCUACAGAUUAGGUGUCCCUAAAGAACCCGCGUAUCUAACGCACAAUUUCCACCAACUGCGGAACGGCUGCAGAUCCGCUCCGGAGCGGCGGCGGAGUCAACAGGUUUCCAUUAAAGUCAAAGUGUGUAUUUUCACUGACUGCGGAACGGCUGCAUUCCGACUCCGUCCCAGCUCUGGCGAGCUUCUAUUUUUGCCGGAUGCCGGAAAGCUCCGCAGCAGUUCAGCACAGGGCAGAUUGUGCGGGACAGGAAGUCAAGCACAGAAGCAAAAUAAAACAUCUGGUUAAUUUUCAAAAUAAAAUACAUUUAUAUAAACUACAUCCUGUUAUAUCGGGCAAUCCUACGUGAAAUCGCAAGAUCUCGUGGGUCCUCGUGACUUCAGCUGUCAGUCAUUACAUCAGCUCAGCAAUAUAUCCAACCAUCAUGAAAUAUAUAAUGUUCAGAUUUUUGUUUAAAACUGUUUGAUGAAAUCAUUUCAACUCAAGAUCCACUUACUGACUUUUCCUGGAGCUUUCAACUGCAAAUCACAGCUCUGUUUUUUUCUAAUGUCUCUUAUAUUAACUGGCAACUGAGUGUAUGUACUUUACAUGUAAAACAUUUUACAUAUUACUUGGAUUUACAGAGACAGCAGGGCCUUACGUACUGUAAGAGCAAAUGAUAAUGCAAGACUUCUGGUACAUGUAAAUAUCACUGAUUUAAAUAUCUCAAUAUAUAUCCAGUUUUUAAAUAUUUAACAAAUUUAUAAUUAUUUAGGGAAAUUAAGUUGUGUAAAUGUAGUUUAGAGACAGCUAUUGUGGGCUGAGUGUUUAUUAAAUACUGAAUACUCAAAUCUUGUUCAUGUUUCAUACAUAACCUGCUUCUAGGCUGGAUGAUAUUGUAAUUAUUGUAUGAACUGUAUAUUUUAGGUGCCAAACUGUUGACAAGUAUAACUUCUACCAUGCUAUUACAGUGCAUGAUAACGGCACACUGUGCCCUAGCUCUUAGUGUAAUGAUAAAGUCUGUAAUGUUUAUCUGUGUGCAGUAGAGACCCUGAUGCUAGCAAGAUUUCUUGAGAGAGAAAGAAAAUGUGCACACUUAACAUUUACAGAAAACAGUUGAAUAGCUCUGGGCUGUGCAGUAUACAGUAAAAUGUGUGUUUGUAUGCAAAUACCUGCCUGUUGCAUCUCAACACUGUUCUAUUCUUUUGUACACUAAUAAACUUUUGAACCAUAA